GCGGGAGUUGGAGAUUGAGAGGAUGGGUAAAGGAGCGUAAAGGGGUAACACACACAAUCGAGAGAGGGAGUGAAAGAGGGAGGGUUGAUAGAGAGAGAGAACUGUGAAAUCAGCCAACCCUCCCAGGCGCGAGGUUCUUGAUUACUGUCAAGCACGCACACCAUUCGGAUAUCGCUCCUGUGACAGCCAGGAUGAGUUCAUGCAGUAGCAGAGCGCUGACCAUCCUGUCCACGGUGUUUGGGGCGUGUGGUCUGCUGCUGGUGGGCGUGGCUGUGUCUACAGACUACUGGCUGUUGAUGGAGGAGGGCAUCGUGCUGCAGCAGAACCAGAGCAUGGAGGUCAAGAUGGCUCUGCACUCUGGCCUCUGGAGGGUCUGCUUCGUGGCAGGGACAGAGAACGGGAGAUGUGUGGCGUCAGAGUAUUUCACUGAGCCAGAGAUAGAGAUCACCACAGAGAAUACUGCUAAUAUUCUGAAGAUGGUGCGGACAGCCACUCCGUUCCCCAUGGUGUCUCUGCUCUUCGUCUUCACGGCCUUUGUCAUCAGUAACAUCGGACACAUCCGGCCCCAGCGCACCAUCCUGGCGUUCGUCUCCGGGAUCUUCUUCAUCCUCUCAGGCCUGAGUCUGGUGGUGGGGCUGGUGCUCUACAUCUCCAGUAUUAAUGAUGAGGUGAUGAACAGACCGAGGGAGCCUGAACAGUUUUUCAACUACCGCUACGGCUGGUCGUUUGCCUUCGCAGCCUCGUCCUUCCUACUCAAGGAGGGGGCUGGGGUGAUGUCAGUCUAUCUGUUUAUGAAGCGUUAUGCUGAGGAGGAGAUGUAUCGCCCCCACCCAGCCCUCUACCGCCCCCGUCUGUCUGAGUGCAGUGACUACAGCGGCCAGUUCCUCCACCCUGAGACCUGGCCUCCUCCUAAGAGGGGCCGCAGUGACUCCCGGGCCUCCAGCGACAUCUCCAUCCAGAUCAACCAGACCCCCCCGCAGCCCACCAAAAAAAACCUGCAGGGCAACCAAGGUGGGGGCAUGGGGUCCAACAUGGGCCCUGGGUCUGGGUCCUCCUCUGGAGCUAGCUACCAGCUGCCCCCACCGUCUGGGGCCUACAACACCCACACACUCCAACACCAACACUCACACGGUAACUCCCAGGCCAUGGCCAUGCCCCCUUCCACUGGCCCCCCUCACUACCACACACACAUGCACAUGGGCGCCUCCCCCUGUUAGAGAGAGGGAGCGCAAGGGACAGGGACAGGGAGGAAGUUAGUGUGGAGAGCAAGAAAUAUGGAGUAAGUGUGAAAAGGGAGCGGGAGAAGGAUUGAGGGAUUAGUGUUAACAUACAUUUGGUAUUAAAAACUGAGAGAUGGGAAGAGAGAGAGAGAGAGAGAGAGAGAGAGAGAGAGAGAGAGAGAGAGAGAGAGAGAGAGAGAGAGAGAGAGGUGGAGGAGUUGCCAAGGAUAGAGAGAUGAGGGGGAUUUUAAAUGUUUUAUUUUACCUUUAUUUAACUAGGCAAGUCAGUUAAGAACAAAUUCUUAUUUUCAAUGACGGCAGUGGGUUAACUGCCUGGAACAGUGGGUUAAGGGAACAGUGGGUUAACUGCCUGUUCAGGGAUAGAGAGAAAGUGACAGAGAAUAAGGUAUGUGAUUUCUUGAAAGAGGUUUAGAGGUUAGAAUCUGUGACAAAAAGGGCUGAGAGGGAGAAUGAGAGAGACAGGGAGAAUGAGAGAGACCGGGAGAAUGAGAGAGACCGGGAGAAAGAGAGAGACCGGGAGAAAGAGAGAGACAGGGACAAAGAGAGAGACAGGGACAAAGAGAGAGACAGGGACAAAGAGAGAGACAGGGACAAAGAGAGAGACAGGGACAAAGAGAGAGACAGGGAGAGGGGGAGAGAGGGAUAGACGGAGAAUGAGAAAGACAGGGAGAAUGAGAAAGACAGGGAGAGACAGGGAGAAAGACAGGGAGAAAGACAGGGAAAAAGACAGGGAGAAAGACAGGGAGAAAGAGAGAGACCGGGAGAAAGAGAGAGACCGGGAGAAAGAGAGAGACAGGGACAAAGAGAGAGACAGGGACAAAGAGAAAGACAGGGACAAAGAGAAAGACAGGGACAAAGAGAGAGACAGGGACAAAGAGAGAGACAGGGAGAAAGAGAGAGACAGGGAGAAAGAGAGACAGGGAGAGGGGGAGAGAGGGAGAAUGAGAGAGACAGGGAGAGGGGGAGAGAGGGAGAGACAGGGGGAGAGAGGGAGAGACAGGGAAAAUGAGAGAGACAGUGAGAAAGAGAGAGACAGUGAGAAAGAGAGACAUUGAGAAAGAGAGACAAGGGCGAAUGACAGAGACAGGGAGAAUGAGAGAGACAGGGACAAUGAGAGAGACAGGGGGAAUGAGAGAGACAGGGAGAAUGAGAGAGACAGGGAGAAUGAGAGAGACAGUGAGAGGGGGAGAGACAGGGAGA